GCAGGAGGCGCAGAAAGGGAGUGAGUGACCUCCAAGAAGAAGGCAAAAAUGCCAUCAAUGCUCCUAUGAACCCAAGCACUGUGGACAUCCAUCCAGAAGACACACUACUAGAGGAGAAUGAGGAACGCACUAUGAUCGAUCCCAACUCAAAAGAAGACCCCAAGUUCAAGGAGCUGAUCAAGGUUCUGAUUGACUGGAUUAACGAUGUGCUGGUGGAGGAGAGAAUCAUUGUCAAACAGCUUGAAGAGGACCUUUAUGAUGGGCAGGUGCUGCAGAAGCUGCUGGAAAAAUUGGCUGACCGUAAACUGAACGUGGCGGAGGUGACACAAUCUGAAAUUGGUCAGAAGCAGAAGUUGCAGACGGUGUUGGAAGCUGUCCAUGAUUUACUCCGACCCCAUGGCUGGACAAUCAAGUGGAAUGUUGACUCCAUCCAUGGCAAGAAUUUGAUUUCCAUCCUUCACCUCCUGGUGGCUUUGGCCAUGCAUUUCCGAGCUCCCAUCCGGCUGCCCGAGCACGUGUCUGUGCAGGUGGUGGUCGUACGGAAACGUGAAGGCCUCCUUCAGACCACUCAUGUUUCAGAGGAGCUGACCACCACCACAGAGAUGAUGAUGGGAAGAUUUGAGCGCGACGCCUUUGACACGCUUUUCGAUCACGCACCAGACAAGCUCAGCGUAGUCAAAAAGUCUCUGAUCACCUUUGUGAACAAACACUUGAAUAAACUGAAUUUGGAAGUAACAGAGCUGGAAACCCAGUUUGCAGAUGGUGUUUACUUGGUUUUGCUCAUGGGUCUCCUUGAGGACUAUUUUGUUCCACUUCACAACUUCUAUUUGACACCUGAAAGUUUUGAUCAAAAGGUGCACAAUGUUUCUUUUGCUUUUGAGCUGAUGCAAGAUGGGGGCCUGAAGAAGCCAAAAGCUCGUCCUGAAGAUGUUGUCAACUUGGACCUGAAGUCAACUCUCAGGGUUCUGUACAACCUUUUCACGAAGUACAAGAACGUUGAGUGAUCCUGGAAGCUGCUGAGGUCUCUUCAUCCUUCAACCUCCUCAGGCAGAAGUUACAAUAAACACACCCUCUGCAUGCCCCCAUUGUGCCUUAUGCUAUGUACUUCAUGCAUUCUCCUACAGCUGAUGUGCUUGUAAAACAAUCCCACUGAAAAUGAUGCAUGUGUAUUCUCUAGGUCACUUGAAAAUGUGUAGCUAUUUCACACUUUUGCCAAAUGGAUCCAUUGUUUGCUGUAAUCCACAAAUGUUCUUUUGAGAAAGGAAAUAUACCACUAACUACUUUAAUAGGCAGGGAAAACACGAGACCUUCCUCAUGGCUUGAGAUCCUUUGCUUCUGCAGAAGGCUUUCUUUUGCAUACUCCUUGGUUGCCAAUGGCAUUUGAUGAUUUUUCCAGGCUUAGAGUGUUAACAACAGAAAAUCACCACUGGAAUUUAUUUAGAAGCUGAGCCUUUUCUAUUAAAUAAGGGUCUGUGUGUUCUGUUGGGUGGGUUGGGCUGAGGGGAAUUAUGUCUGGAGCUAAUGGCAAAAGCUUCAGUGUUUGUGUUCACCUCUUUCUACUCAGUGUUACUUCCAUUCAGUGUUUACACAGAAUAAGUCUUGCAAUGGGAUGACCAAUUCAUCUUCUGAUGUCUAGUUUUUAUUUAAUCUCUUUUCUGGGAGAAAUUUGGUUGUUAGGGCCACUGCCCACCUGUUAAGCAGGCAGGGGCUGGAUUGGUGCAGUUUCCCCAGUCCUUCCUGAAACUCACAGAGGGAAUGUGCUGGAACAGGAGCCACCUGAGUGGGUUUUUGAGGAGAGCUUUGUGGAGGAAAUGGGAUUGGCAUUUCCUUUUCCUUUGAGCACAUAGAGGAGAGAUUUGAUUGCUGCUUUUAUGUAUCACAGCAGCAAAUUUUGUUUUUGUGGGCAGCCAUUCCUUUGGGUGAAACACUAGGCAGAGUGCCCUGAAGGAGAGCAGGUAGAAUUGCUCUGCUCCAUGGGCUCACUUGAGUCCUGUUGUAAGUCAGCAUCUCCUUUCCCUAAAAAUCGAUUUUUUUUUUUUUUUUUACCAAACAUUUGCUUUUAAGCUCAGGUUCAAGAGGAAACAUGCCAUUUGAAUGGUAUAAUUUUACAAUUGGGAUUUUCUCCUUCUCAAAUAUUUUUUCAUCUCAAAGGGACAGAAAUGAGCUUCUGCUUGUUUGCUUUGUAUUUUUGGGUUCUGAGUUCUAGUAUUUGGAUUAGUUGGAUCACCUACCACCACACCUCUAAAAAUAAAAGAUGGUAGGAAGUUGUUGUUUCUUUGCAUGAAAAAUUCAGAUCCCCUCUUGCUCUGUAAGGCUCUCUGGGGAAUCUUUUCAUGCCUGUGCUUUAGGAAGCAGCUGACCUCUUGCUGUUUGUACUGAGCCUGGAACAAGUGGAUGAGCAGUUCAGAUGGGGCCACUGAACUCCACCACCACACCAGCAGAGGUAGCUGAGUCCUGGUGGGACAGGUCUCCUGGCAGGUGAAUGAAAUUGGUCUCACUUCUGUGCUGAGAAAUAAAGGUAUCAUGAGGCUGGAAGGUCACUGAACUGAAAGGUCUCUCAAACUUUUAGUUCAGUGCAGGGUUAUUUGCAGGAAGCAAGUCUGUUAAAGAGUAAUCAUUCCACCCCCUUCCACAGGUGAUGUGGAGGUGCCAGCUGUUUAUGUUUUCUGAGUUGCUGGGAAAGACCUGCAGAGAGUGUCGUUCUUGGAACUGCAAGCAGUAUUAAUAUAAAAAGCAGAGAGAAGAUGAAGUGAUUGGUGAGGGUGAUUUGGCUUUGGAGAGGGGAAUGGCUGUUUCUGAGCUGGGAUCAUACAGCUGGCAUCUUCAGAGCAUGUGAGCAGAGGUGAGCAGGUUAUGACAGGUUAUAAGGUCUGUUUUGUUCAAUUAUGUGUUUCUGGUCCCCUUGCUUCAGCCAUGGGUCUCCUUUAGCAUUCCUUCUGUUCAUAUCCCAGGACUGCUCACUGGAUCAGGUGUCACAGCCCAUUCUCUUGUGGUUUUGUUUGUUGGUAGAUGUUGCACAGGGAAAAUACUUUUUUUCAUUCCUUGGCUCCUGGCUGUCUGGCCAGCUCACUGUUCUGUAGACACUGUGUUUAUUGUUAACCAGAUUUGUGAGCAGGGCAGACUGUGCUUCCUCCCAGUCAGCCCAGUUUCCAGGAGGUAAAGCUUCUCUGACAGCCUGCUUUUGUCAUACAUUUCUGUGACACAUGCACAAUAAUUCUUUGCCUCUCAGACAGCUGAGUCAGUGUUAAAAAUGUUAUUCAUGAUAUAUUUGUAUUACUGGGGUUUUACAUAUGGGUACCAGUCUGAAUGCUGUUGAGGUCAUCUGGAAUGCUGAAUGCUCUGCAGCAUUAAAGCUCCCACAUUUUUAAAUACUUAAUGAAUUUCUGUCUUUUCCAGUCCAUACAACUUGACCUUUAGGUGCCUUUACUUGACACACUCAGUUACAGUGAGCUGUAUUACCACAGAGGAAGCUCAGAUAGUCCUCAGCUGCAUUCUGUUUUUCAAGAUGAAAAACCAACAGUGGCAGAUUUUUUAAAUCAAUUUAAACCUUAUAGGAUUUCUUACUCAUCUUCCCCACACCCCAGUGUUUUCAGUAUUAAUGUAUUUUUUAAGAGUCUUUUCUACUGUUUUUAACAAUGUUUACUCUGGAUUUCUAACUACUAAAAACAGCCUUGCAGAUAAAAUUCUGGACUUGUCAUAUGUUGGAGACAUCCAUCUUAGUGAUAAGAGUUCUGUACUGUAAGCAAGUUACAAUGCAAUGCUAUGUUUGCUAAAAUUCACAGCAGGAGUGUUUAUGCAUGGUUUUGGACAGUUGUACUAUUUAUUCAAAUAAACAAAUAAUGAUCACUA